UACCUGUUCGUGUUGGGUGGUACUGUUGGCGGAGAUUUUUAUUCCUUUUUUAAAAUCUUUUCCUACAGGGGAUCAAUUAGGUAAUCUGUAACUGCAAAUAAAAUUGCAUGUUUACUAGCACCUGGCUUGAAAUCUGAAGGGGCAGGGUAAACCCCUGUAAUGUAUUUGUGUAGAAUGAUGGAACACUGGUAAAUUAAUUUCUCUUUCUCUGUUAUCUUCUCUCUUUAGCGGAAGAAGGUAGAGGAGGGAGGAGAGCAAUUGUUGAACCCUAAAAUUUAGGGUUGCGGCAUGGGCAAGACAUUGUGUGUGACAGGCGCAGCAGGUUACAUCGGUUCAUGGCUGGUCAAGUGCCUCCUCCAAAGCGGCCACACCGUCCAUGCCACACUCAGAGAUCCAGAAAAUGCAGCAAAGGCUGGUCACCUGCUUUCCCUCCCUGGAGCUAAGGAAAGGCUUAGGCUUUUCAUGGCUGAUUUGAGCGAAGAUGGGAGCUUCGAUGCAGCCAUCAGCGGCUGUGAAGGGGUCUUCCACCUUGCAAUGCCCCUUCUCUUCCAUUCACAAAACCCAGAGGAGGAGAUAUUCGAGCCUGCAAUCAGAGGCACACUCAAUGUAUUGAAGGCCUGCGUUAAGGCCAAGAGUGUGAGGAGAGUGGUGUACACGUCAUCCAUAAGCACAGUCUCGGCCAUUGGAGAGGAUGGGAAGCGUAUACAGACUGUCGAUGAAACAUUUUGGGUGUCAGUCGAUCAUGUCAAAGCACAAAAACCAAACGGCUGGAUGUACAUUGUGGCAAAGACUCUGGCAGAGAAAGAAGCUUUGAAAUUUGCAAGGGAGCACAAUAUUGACAUGGUUACCAUUAUUCCUGUCACUGUGGCUGGCAAAUUCCUCACCUCUACUGUUCCAAGUAGCGUGCGGGUUCUCAUGUCACCGGUCACAGGAGAUACAGAGUAUUAUGAGUUGGCAAAGGCAGUGGAGUUGCGGCUGGGGUGCCUUGCGCUUGCCCACAUUGAAGACAUCUGUAACGCCCACAUGUUUUUAAUGGAUCAUCAGCAACAGAUUGCUGGAGAGCGCUACAUAUGUUGUGCACACAGCUGUAGCAUAUCCAACCUCAGAUGUUUGUUAUCACGACAUCCGGAUCUCAAAGAAAAUAGCAGAGAGAAUGUGCAAGAUCAAGAUGGUGAAUGUUUAGUGCAAGUUUCAUCAAAGAAAUUAAUGGAUUUGGGGUUCCAAUACAAGCAUGGAAUUGAAGAAAUAUUUAAUGACUCAAUACAAUCGUGGAAAACUAUCACAAGUGGCAUCAUUUCAAAUUGAUAUUUAUUGGGUUUUAGGAGGUUUGGUUGUGAAAUAUUUGAAUUAAAAUUUCAUUGGUAAAUUUUGUGUGAUAAUUUGGAUUACACAUUGUGAUUUAUCAUUAGGAUGAGAAAAAACUUGUCAAAUCCAAGUUGACAAAUAUCCUCAAAAUUCAUCACUUGUUAAAUAUUAAAAUCUUGGAUCAAAAUAUUCAUGUUUUAUGUU